AUGGUUGCCAACAAUUUAGCACUAGCAUUUGCCCUUCUUUUGUUUUCAAUUUCCCCUCCUGUGAGAUCACUGAGCUUGAACUACUAUGACCAGACAUGCCCAAAGGCCGAGUCUACUGUUACCAAUGUUGUGCAGAAAGCCAUGAUGAAUGACAAAACAGUUCCUGCGGCACUACUUCGGAUGCAGUUCCAUGACUGCUUCAUCAGAGGUUGUGAUGGUUCUGUGCUACUGAAUUCAACGAGGAAGAACCAGGCUGAGAAAGAUGGGCCUCCCAACAUUUCAUUGCAUGCAUUUUAUGUCAUUGACGUUGCUAAAAAGCAAGUAGAGGCUUUGUGCCCUGGCGUUGUCUCUUGUGCUGAUAUUUUGGCUCUAGCUGCAAGGGAUGCAGUCGCCCUGUCUGGAGGUCCCACUUGGGAAGUGCCCAAUGGUAGAAAAGAUGGAAGGAUUUCAAUAGCAAAUGAAACCAGCCAACUACCAGCUCCCACCUUCAACAUAUCGCAACUUCAGCAAAGCUUCUCCCAGAGAGGUCUUUCAAUGGAUGAUUUCGUAGCACUUUCAGGAGGGCACACUCUUGGGUUUGCUCAUUGUUCAUCCUUCCAAAAUCGGAUCCACAACUUUGAUACUACGCAGGAUAUCGAUCCAUCAAUGCAACAAUCCUUUGCAGCCAACCUACGCAACACUUGCCCGAUGCACAACAAGGUGAACAAUGCUGGCGCCAACCUCGAUUCUACUCCGACUGCGUUCGACAAUGUUUACUACAAGUUACUUCUCCAGGGAAAGAGUUUGCUCACUUCUGAUCAAGCUUUACUUACUAACAUAAGGACUAAAGCUUUGGCUUCCAAGUUUGCUAGCUCGCAAGAAGAGUUUUAUCAAGCUUUUGUGAAGUCCAUGAUCAAGAUGAGUAGUAUCACAGGUGGACAAGAGGUUAGGCUAGAUUGUAGAGUGGUUAAUUAG